ACACAGCAUCAGACACACAGAGCACUCGCUGCUCUGCGGACGUGCUCAGUAUUGUUAAGCUAAAGUAUUUGACGAGUUAGGAAUGGGAAGUUGUGCACAACGCAGGUCGAGACACGUCUGUGAGCACAGAAUCCGUUCUAACUGGACAAGAUUUCACAAACCUUUUGAUAUCUAAGGAAUUAACAAAGAAUGUCUGUCUCUAUCUGAACUCUGUGAUGGAGGCACAGAUGAGAAUUAUUCUCUUUCUUACGGUCAUAAUCUCAUCUGCUAAUGAGGAAGUGAAGAACCUGACCAGCACUGAGGGAGGAUCCAUCACUCUACCUGACCCUGUGAAGGAGAAAGGAUAUCUUUCAUUUGAAAGAACAAAUAUUGCUGCAGUGAACAAGGGGGAAGUUGAGAUAGAAGUGGACAUUUACAUAGGCAGACUUCACUGGGAUAAAAACAAUGGAAAUUUUACAAUCACAGGACUGCAGAGGAAUGACUCAGGGAUUUUUGCUAUUGACUCUAAAAAAGGACGUAUUUUCACUAAAUCCUACAAACUCACAGUGUAUGAGUCUGUAUCACUUCCUGCAGUGAACACAUCGAAUUUGAGUGCUGAGAGCUGCAUCUUGCUGUGUUCUGUGGAGAAAGGUGAAGAGACGACACUGUUGUGGUACAAAGACGAGGAGAUACUGAACCAGAGCAGCUCUGCUCUCUCUCUGCCUCUCACUGUACACAAGCAGGAUUUCAGCUCCUCUUAUAGAUGUGAGGCUGCCAACCCUGCUGAAAAGAAGACUGUUGUAGCUGAUAUGAAGACAUUCUGUGGACACGAUGAUGCAGACAACAGUAAUGACACAAACACAAGAUAUUAUUUUGGAAUUAUAAUCUCCAUCGUGCUUGCUGUAUUUGUUGUACUUAUUGCCAUUAUUACCAAGAAGAAGUGUCUUAACAAAACCAAGACGACAACCAGACAAACACAAGAUUCGGUGAACACAGACACAGGUGUCAACUAUACUGAUGUCCAAAUAUCUGGCAACAGACCCUGUCAGGCAGGAAAUUUAUCAGAUUCACCAGGAACUGUUGACCGCUCAAAUCUAACAACAGUCUACGAUAAAUUGGAGGCUCAUCGCAUGCUUCAUACAGACACAGCAGAGAAUGUUUCAGACGAGCUUUCCACAUACAGCAACUUUGCAGCAAAUCACUGAAACAUUUGUGUGGACAUGCUUGAAUCAGCAGCUUGAACUUGAAUUUGCAGUGGUCAGCAAGGAAGUAUAUUUUCAGAUCUUUCAGACUAAAGUGCACAGAGCUGUCUGGCAAAACUACAAAGUGUUUCAUUAUCACAUUUCAAAUGCACCAAAUGAGGAGAGGAGUGAUUCCAUCGGCAGUGUAAAAUGUAAAGCUCUUGUGUCCAUUUCAUUUUUUUGUAUUUAUUUUAUUCUUUUGGUAGUAUUCCUUUUAGUUUUCUUUUGUCUAGCUUUUGAUGUAUUGCUUUGCUACUGCAUUUUUGCCUCAUAUUUACACUUUGUACAGUUAAGCUUGAUAUAACAUUUCCAAGGUCAUAUAUUUCAUCCUUUGUGAGCAUAUGCAAACAUUUCAAGCUAAUAAAGACGCUGUGUAUGAAAGCAGUGGAGAAGUGUUUGUGUUGGAGGUAGUUUGUACUUUCCACUACAUUCUGGAUCAAGCAUACCUCUCAAAGACUAUCAAGCACCACAUUCUAGAUGUUACCAUGCUGCUUUGAUCUGACAGUAAGGUGGGUUGUAGAAAACGUACAUCAAUUAGCUGGAAAAACAUCACGUCUGAGUCAGUGACAAUAUGUCUGUAAUGACCUUUCCUUAUUAAAAAAUCUCCUGCCUCAAUAAUGCAGUUUAUUAAAAUUAAUAAAACUCAGUUAAAGUAUAUGGCUACAAAUUAUAAAACUGUCUACAUCUAAAACAAUCUAAAAUCAGGCUUGAUGCAAGAGCAAAGAUUUCCAUUCUAUGCUCUAUUUAAAUUUUUUAUGAAAAUUUUAUAUUCUGCAUGUGUUCCUCUUUUUUACAGUGUCUCAAGAAGAAGAAAUCAAAUAAAAAUGAUCAAUUUCCAUUCAUGCUACUGGUGACUUAAAGCAGGAACUCAUUGUGGGAAAACAUACAUUCAUUCAUUUCACUUUACUUUUCCUUCGACAUAAUGGACUCUGUACUCUCUGUCCCUGUCUACCACCUGCUUUGCAUAUGGCAGUUACUGUUUGGUUGCCUGGCAGGUGCAACAGAUACUAUGCUGUAAAAGAGGCUUCAAUUAAUAGAAAGAGGAAGGUAGCCAAUAUAUUUUUACCCAGGCUACCUGGCUACCAGUCAGUUAGUGACUUCUGCCCCCUAAUGACACCACAACCAGGGUGUUGCUAUCAUUCACUGUUUUCUGUUUAAUGCUGCUAACAUCAAACUUGUCUCAUUAGCUGCUGACCACAAAUAUGACUUGCAAGAAAAUUCUGUAUAAUAAAAGCAUGUUAUUUUUUAAUAUCUAAGAAAUCAAACAACACAGUGCUACUUUGAGGUCCAAUAGUAAAAUGAGGAAAAUAUUUGUUUUUAGCAUGACUAAAUAGAUUCAUCAAAAACAAAUAUCCAACAAUUAAAAGUUAAUAAAAAGGUUUUA